CCCGCGAGGGAGCGAUGGUAGAUUACCACACCGCUGGCCAGCCGACGUACCAGUACGGGGGCAACGGGCCCGGCAUCGGCGACUACAUGGCUCAGGAGGACGACUGGGACCGCGACCUCCUCCUCGACCCCGCCUGGGAGAAGCAGCAGCGCAAGACCUUCACAGCAUGGUGCAAUUCCCACCUGCGGAAAGCUGGCACACAGAUCGAGAAUAUCGACGAAGAUUUCCGCGACGGCCUCAAACUCAUGCUCCUGCUGGAGGUCAUUUCAGGGGAGCGAUUGCCAAAACCGGAGAGAGGGAAGAUGAGGGUGCACAAGAUCAACAACGUGAACAAGGCUCUCGAUUUCAUAGCAAGCAAAGGAGUCAAACUGGUUUCCAUAGGAGCUGAAGAGAUUGUUGACGGCAAUGCAAAGAUGACCCUGGGUAUGAUCUGGACGAUCAUCCUCCGAUUCGCCAUUCAGGACAUCUCAGUGGAAGAGACCUCAGCCAAGGAAGGCCUGUUGCUCUGGUGCCAGCGGAAGACGGCCCCCUACAAGAACGUCAACGUGCAGAACUUCCACAUCAGCUGGAAAGACGGCCUUGCUUUUAAUGCCUUGAUCCACAGACACAGACCAGAAUUGAUCGAAUACGACAAGCUCAGGAAGGACGAUCCAGUCACAAAUCUGAACAAUGCCUUUGAGGUUGCGGAGAAAUACCUCGACAUUCCCAAGAUGUUGGAUGCAGAAGACAUUGUGAACACAGCCCGUCCUGACGAGAAGGCCAUUAUGACCUAUGUCUCCAGUUUCUACCAUGCCUUCUCUGGCGCACAGAAGGCCGAGACGGCCGCAAACAGGAUUUGCAAAGUUCUGGCGGUGAACCAGGAGAACGAGCACCUGAUGGAAGACUACGAGAAACUGGCUUCGGACCUGCUGGAGUGGAUCCAGCGCACCAUCCCUUGGCUGGAGAACCGUGUUUCCCAGAAGACCAUGCCGGAGAUGCAGCAGAAGCUGGAGGACUUCCGCGACUAUCGGCGGGUCCACAAGCCCCCCAAGGUGCAGGAGAAGUGCCAGCUGGAGAUCAACUUCAACACGCUUCAGACCAAGCUGCGGCUGAGCAACCGCCCCGCCUUCAUGCCCUCCGAGGGGAAGAUGGUCUCGGACAUCAACACUGGCUGGUCCCACUUGGAACAGGCAGAGAAAGGUUUUGAAGAAUGGAUGCUGAACGAGAUUCGGCGGCUGGAGAGGCUGGACCACUUGGCGGAGAAGUUCAGGCAGAAGGCGUCCAUCCAUGAGUCCUGGACCGAAGGAAAAGAGGCCAUGCUGAGGCAGAAGGACUACGAGACGGCCACCCUGUCCGACAUCAAAGCCCUGAUCCGGAAGCAUGAGGCGUUCGAGAGCGACCUGGCAGCGCACCAGGACCGUGUGGAGCAGAUCGCAGCCAUCGCCCAGGAACUCAAUGAGCUGGACUAUUACGACUCCCCCAGCGUCAACGCCCGGUGCCAGAAGAUUUGUGACCAGUGGGACUCGCUAGGAUCCUUGACCCAUACCAGGAGGGAGGCAUUGGAGAAAACAGAAAAGCAGCUGGAGACCAUUGACCAGCUCCACCUGGAAUAUGCUAAAAGGGCAGCACCCUUCAACAACUGGAUGGAGAGCGCCAUGGAGGACCUGCAGGACAUGUUCAUUGUCCACACCAUCGAGGAGAUUGAGGGCUUGAUCGCCGCCCACGACCAAUUCAAAUCCACCCUGCCCGACGCAGACAAAGAACGCGAGGCCAUCCUGGGCAUCCAGAGCGAGGCGCAGCGGAUCGCAGACUACAACAGCAUCAAGCUGUCCGGGAACAACCCCUACACUACGGUCACUCCACAGAUCAUCAACUCCAAGUGGGAGCGGGUCCAGCAGUUGGUGCCAAAGAGGGACCACGCUCUCCAGGACGAGCAGAGUAAGCAGCAGUCCAACGAGCAUCUCCGCCGGCAGUUUGCCAGCCAAGCGAACAUUGUCGGGCCCUGGAUCCAGACCAAGAUGGAGGAGAUCGGGCGCAUCUCCAUCGAGAUGAAUGGCACCCUGGAGGACCAGCUGAACCACCUCAAGCAGUACGAACAGAGCAUUGUGGACUACAAGCCCAACAUCGACCUCCUGGAGCAGCAGCACCAGCUCAUCCAAGAGGCCCUCAUCUUCGACAACAAACACACCAACUACACCAUGGAGCACAUCCGAGUCGGGUGGGAGCAGCUCCUCACCACCAUUGCCCGGACCAUCAACGAAGUGGAGAACCAAAUCCUGACCCGGGAUGCCAAGGGGAUCAGCCAGGAGCAGAUGCAGGAAUUCCGGGCCUCUUUCAACCACUUUGACAAGGACCAUGGCGGCUCUCUGGGACCCGAAGAAUUCAAAGCCUGCCUCAUCAGCUUGGGAUACGAUGUGGAAAAUGACAGACAGAAGCGCACGGGGAGCAUGGAUACUGAUGACUACCGAGCCCUCCUUAUCUCCACGGGAUACAGCCUGGGAGAUGCAGAGUUCAACCGGAUCAUGAGCGUGGUGGAUCCCAACAACAGCGGCGUUGUGACUUUCCAAGCCUUCAUCGACUUCAUGUCGCGGGAGACGACAGACACUGACACAGCAGAUCAGGUCAUCGCCUCCUUCAAGGUCCUGGCUGGAGACAAGAACUACAUCACAGCCGAGGAACUUCGUCGAGAGCUGCCCCCGGAUCAGGCCGAGUACUGCAUCGCUCGGAUGGCACCUUACCAAGGGCCUGACGCCAUCCCCGGAGCCCUCGACUACAAGUCCUUCUCGACGGCACUGUAUGGCGAGAGUGACCUGUGAGGCGGAGAGGGAGGCGGCAACGUCGGCAGCAACCGCAAGCGCUGGCGCU